UUGUUCAAGUCCUGCUUCGCGGAGGGGUGUGUGGCGGGAAAGGAUGAGAAGCCCCGUCCUUCUGCUCUGCCUCUGGAGCGCCCAUUGUUGCUUUGCCGCGGGAGGCCCCGCGCCCCUUGGUCCGGAGGGGCCGCUGCAAGAUGGGCUCCACGAACCCAAGGACCUGCAGAUCGCCGCCAAACCCUCCGUGAGGUUUAACCUCCGCGUCUCCGAGGACCCAGAGCACGAAGGAUGUUACCUCCCCCUCGGCCACAACCAGCCCCUGGAAGACUGUGGCUUCAACAUGACAGCCAAAACCUUUUUCAUCAUUCACGGCUGGGCGAUGACUGGCAUACUUGGGGAAUGGCUGUACAAACUCGUGUCGGCCCUGCGGACGAGGGAGAGAGAGGCCAAUGUCGUGGUGGUUGACUGGCUCCCCCUGGCUCACCAGCUUUACACAGACGCGGUCAAUAACACGAAGACGGUGGGACACAGCAUCGCCAGGAUGCUCGACUGGCUUCAGGAGAAGGACGGCUUUUCUCUUGGGAAUGUUCAUUUGAUCGGCUACAGCCUCGGAGCUCACGUGGCCGGGUACGCUGGCAACUUCGUGACAGGCACGGUGGGCAGGAUCACGGGUCUGGAUCCUGCCGGGCCCAUGUUUGAGGGGGUGGACGUCCACAGCAGGCUGUCCCCCGACGACGCGGACUUCGUGGAUGUCCUCCACACCUACACGCGCUCCUUCGGCUUGAGCAUCGGGAUUCAGAUGCCCGUGGGCCACAUCGACAUCUACCCCAACGGGGGCGACUUCCAGCCGGGCUGCGGACUCAACGAUGUUCUGGGGUCCAUUGCAUAUGGAACGAUCGCAGAGGGCGUUAAAUGUGAGCACCAGCGGGCCAUAUACCUCUUUGUUGACUCCCUGAUGAAUGAGGACAAGGCGAGCUUUGCGUUCCAGUGCACGGACUCGCACCGCUUCAAAAAGGGGAUCUGCCUCAGCUGCCGGAAGCACCGUUGUAAUAGCAUUGGCUACAACGCCAAGAGAACGAGGCACAAGAGGAACAGCAAGAUGUACCUAAAAACCCGGGCGGGCAUGCCUUUCCGAGUUUAUCAUUACCAGAUGAAAAUCCACUUCUUCAGCUACAAGAACACGACAGAAAUCGAGCCCAUCUUCUAUGUCACCCUUUACGGCGCCAGCGCAGACUCGCAGAUGCUGCCGUUGGACGUAGUGGAGCAGAUCGAGCUGAAUGCCACCAACACCUUCCUGGUCUACACAGAGGAGGACCUGGGAGACCUCUUGAAGAUCAGACUCACCUGGAAACGGGUGCCUCAGUCCUGGUACACCCUGUGGACUGACUUUCGCAGCUACCUGUCUCAAUCCCGGAAGUCUGAGCAGGAAGUGAAUAUCAGGCGCAUCCGGGUCAAGUCUGGGGAAACCCAGCGGAAAUUUGCUUUUUGUGCGGAAGACCCUGAGCACACCAGCAUAACCCCUGGCCAGGAGCUCUGGUUUCACAAGUGUCUGGAUAGCCGGAGAAUAAAAGAUGGAACCAGGCAAACUGUGGAGCUUCCCUGAGGGAGCCAGCAGGCCCCCGCCCCCGCGCCCCGCCUACCAAGCACAUGGAGAAAAGUUACUGCUGAGGACCCACCUGAUGGAAGGAUCCCUCUCGGCCUUGACCCUGAAGCACAGGGAAGAGCCUGCUUGCUGGUCCAGGCCCUUGCCUCCCGUGACAACUGGGACUUCUCGCCAGAGGGGACUGCGCGCUGCUCUUCCUGCUGCUGCCCUAGAACAGCUCUAAGGCCAGAUCUGGGUGCAAACGGCCAAAUGCCUGGGCCUCUUGCGCACACCGGGCUGGCUGCUAAUGACUGGAUGGGCCUGUGCUUUGCCUGGCAAGGAGCACUAGCUGUCAGUGUGUGGCCUGACAGGCGUCGUAGUGACAGGCAUUCCCGCUGGGAGCUGACCUGUCAGGAUGGCAGACCUGUGUCAUGUUCACCCAGAGACGGUCGAUCUGGGGUGAUGCUGAGGCCCUCGAUGUUGGGGUUCAACGAGCUGCAUUGAUCAAUGUCCGUUACUUCUUCGACAUUCUGUCCUGUUCCUUAACUCACUCUCUAAAGCACACAUCAUUGACUUUCUUAUUUUUCUAUUGCUCUUUUUUUUUUUAUUGGAUAAAUGUUUAUUAAGCACUUAACCUUAAUGGGGUUGGGAUUUGUAGACUCCCUUAGAGUUUAAAUGGUCCACGAAUAUACAUAUGAUGAAGGCACAGAGGGCAUUGGGGAUGGGCUAGAUAGAGGAUGGAAGAAUUGGGGACCCUGGGGUUUUCAGUGGUUUCUACCUAUUUCUUCUUAGUUAACAUGUGCAUUCCCCCUGAGAGUGAUAUGUUUGAUCACUAGCAGAGUAGCAAGCAGGGCGCCAUAUGUGCUGGGGAUCGGAAUGGUGGCCAACUACCAGAGAUGAUUGCUUUGGAGCAAAAUCUCUUUUGUUGAGGAAGGUAGAAGGUAUUACAUAUGUUAUACAUAUCUGUUUAUCGAGAGCCAUCACCUGUGAAACAGCUGGUGCUAAGAUUUAACACACUGUUUUUCUUCCUUAGAAAUACCUUGCUCUAAUACCAGCCCCUUUUCUGUUGAGCUUCUUGGGAAAGCCUCUAAUUCUUCAUUUGAAUUAAUAUACAUGAUAUCCAAGGGACCCAUUUUUACUUUCCAAAAGAUUUUCUUGUGGGUCAACUAAUUAGAGAUUAACAACAGGAGGUGAACAGGGAAGCCAUUAUUAACUCUAUAUAAAAUGAGGCUCUGAGGUUCAGCCACGUGUCUAGAAUUACAUACCAUGUUGGUGAUGGGGGCCAGGUAAGGACCCAGAUUUCUUAGAGGCAAAGUCCAUGGUAUGUUGAUCUCUGCAACUUCAUUAAGACAUUUAUAGCCAUUUCUCUCCAAUCUGCCCCAGAUGUGACUAACAAGGAAUAUUUCUCAGAGCCAUUCCUGAAACCCAAGCCCUUUUAUUAAUCUGUAACCAGGAAAACAAAUCUGUGCCAAGGGGUGGGGCUUUUUAUGGGUGAGAUUUAUUUGGAAGGAGAUACGAUAUCAGGUGGGGGAGGAAAGAGUGAUUUUUUUUGUACUUAGGUUUUUAAAGGACACUGUUUUAACAUGUCUUGUGCCAAAGUUGUAUCUUUGUUCAAUGCCAAACUUCAAAGACAUAAUCAGUCAAAUCUUAGGUCACGGUGUUGUCUCCAUCCAACUGUGUGCUUCUUCUGUUGUUUCUGUCAUUGCUUUCUAGCCAAAGUGGAGCUUGUAUUACUGACUAUGCCUCCUGGUUACCUCUGACCUGUUUUUAGUGGUGGAAUCCUUAGCAACCGAAUCCUCGGUGGGUCCUAUAUUUAUACAUUUAGCUUGAAGACUUAUUUGUAUAUGAUGAUGCUUUUUUUUUUUUAAUGCUACGCAGAACAUUAUUUAUUUUUCAAGUGUAUGUAAUGUAUAAAAACAAAUAUAUGGUUAGUUUUUAUAUUAAGAUUAACCAAUUUCAAGACUAAAAUUUUUAAUAGUAAAGUAAUAAAAAUCUACAAAAUUCUUAGUGGUGUGGCAACUCAGUUCUUAAAAAUCGAGAGACUUACGGAUGCUCAAUCCCAGGGUUUGACAAAAAGUUGCUUUAACAUAACAUAUAGUUUCCAUUUGGUGCUAAUUAUUGGUAGGAAGUGGACAACAACUCCUUUCACCAAGAACAAGGAGAAAAGGAUUUGGAUCGCAGUAGAAAUGCCUGAAGGUGGAUGUUAGGAAGAAGUUGGACAUUGGGGAACAUUAGUGAGGAUACAGGUUUGAUUGCAUGGGACCUAGA